AUGGCGUCCUCUCUCACUGCGCAGCUGUCGCAGAUUGCGGCGACCUCCACACACCAGCUGGAUUUGAAGGCUCAAAGAGUUGCCCACUCGAAAUCUUUGAUAUUUGAACAAAGAGAUGCCGUAUCUCAGAGUUUCGAUACUCUUUAUCAAAUAUGUUAUGAGGGAUUUCAGGAAUUAUGUGCGCUGGAUUCAAGAUUUUCCAAAUUCCGGCGGACGAUCUUCAGCGAGCAAAGCAAAACAGAAGAUAGGCUGGAAAUGAACGCGGAACAGAACAAGGAGCUGAAUACUGUGUUAGAAGAGUUUCUGGCCCUUGUUGGAAGCCGCCUUCUACUACAGCCUGCUGUCAAGGCGGUUGAGUGGCUUGUUCGCCGAUUUAGAGUUCACGAGCACAACAUCUCCUUUCUUUUACUUACAUUUCUUCCAUAUCAUACGAUGGAGUUGUUCAAAGUACUUCUCUCCAUCCUACCCGAGAACCUCCCGCCGACUUUCAAAAUUUUGAAUCCCUACAGGCGGAGUUUGACUCUACCUCCUCGACACGCAAUUGUCCACAGCGCCUCAACGAAUAAGUCUUUUUUGGCUGCUCUAAACCACUACGUCUUGCAGGUCAGCAAGUCUCGGGCCCAUUACCAAGGCCUCCUGGCUUUUUGGGCCGGUGUCGCAACAGAAGCUGUAGCUAACAUGCUCGACUAUACAAGCUCGGGGAGGCGAGAGGUGGAAAGGAGGAAUCGGGAGGAUGUCUUGCUCCAGAUUCUUCCAGUGGUGCAUAGCGGAUUCUGCCUGAUUAACGUCCCGGAACUGGUCAUCGGUUGCUAUAUGAUCUGUAUUGUGAUCGCCAAUAAAGCGUCACUUGAAGAUAAUGUUUUGGACGGACUCAUGGAAGCUGUUGUUGGAACCUGGAAUCAGGAGACCCGUUUAGCAGCAAUGACAUGUCUGUCGGUUCUGGUGCAGCACAAAAAUUCUCCCGGCCUUCCCCGUAGUGUUGUCAAAUCCAUUACUCGUUUCGAAAAUUCUCUUGACAUGAUUGCUGAUCUCCAUACGCGAUAUUCCAUAACUGGAUUGCUCCUCGGUUUGAUAGACGGAUGCGUCCAGGAAAUUCACAACCAGAAAGAUCUGUCUCCGCUGAUGUUCAUUGACAGUGCCAUACAGCGUGACAUAUUGGAGUCUGAAGAUUUAGCAAAAGUCAUGGUCCUGAUUCUUCGAGCAGCUGCCGACUUGCAAGCUUCUGGCCGUAUGGCUGAAGAAAGCCGAACAAUUCUCUCCAGGAUGAUUCAACAUUUUACCGAAUCAGAGUCAUUGGCACCUAUACUUCAAAAUGCCAUUGGGGAAUCUAAUAUUGAUAUUAAUGCACUGGAGAUGGCCCUUGAGACAGCCCUGGGAAGUAUCGCAGCCCCAAUGGCCAUAGAAGAUGUCGAGAUGGAAGACGUUGCCGAUGCCGUUGAAAAGGAGGAUGCAUUUGCUAAAGCGCUUGAGGAUAUCUCACAAUCCACUAAUGAGGUUUCCUUUCUAGCGGGAGUGAGUUCAUCUACAUACGAUCAAUUGGCAUAUGCUUUUAUACUUGCCGCUGGAAGCAAGGAAAAGGUGCUUAAAUUUACUGAUUUACCUAUACUGAGACGGGAUGCGUCUUUACAAAGUCCCCUUUACCUUUCUUUCUUCAUUCGGUUUUUCUCAGGUCCAUACCCUCCGGUUAGCAGAACAGCAGCUAUUGAAAUAGUAGCAGCAUAUCUUUCCGAAAAUGUUUCCAAGUCCUUCAACAUGCAAGCAAUUCUCCCUUAUAUCGUUUCUUCACUCUGCGACCCAUCAGAGCGAGUCCGGAGAGGAGCAGCCAGUCUACUCGCCUCCUUUGAGCGGACAUGUGCGAAGGUCAAGAAUGAGGAUGAGAGCAACCCCCAGAGUUCAUGGGGCUUUGGGGAUAUCUACGGGAAGACGGAGCAAUCUAAAUCUCUUCAGUGGAUAUCUCCACGGAGUGUAUACAAGGCCACCCAUCGGGCUUUAUUACCUGCUUUGGAGGAAUACGUCCUGGAUCCGACUCAAAUAGGAAGCGUGUUAAAAAGCGCAAUUCGUAGGACAUCUUCUACUACAGAUACUUCUGAUUCCGAACUAAAAAAGUCGGUUCGACAGGAGCUUUUUACUUUCCUUUGUUCCCACGCUAUUUUAACCCCCCUAUAUGCGGUAAAGAUCCGCCUUCUGAAAAUCCUUAACCACAUUGGCAAAAUUGGUUCUACAACCAGAACUGAGGAGCUUUCUCCCAUUCUUGACCAAUGGAGACUCUUGGAUGAUGAUAGCGUUGCUAAUAUCUCCAAAAUCGAACAAGUAAAUAUUCCCGAGUUGGAAGGGCAAAUACUUGAAAUAGUAUCCGCAAAACACAAAAACUCCGUUAAUAUUCUCGUCUCAUCCGUCACCUCUCAACAAUGUGCUCCAAGGACCGAUUUCGUGAAAGCCGUUUUCACGCGCCUCAGCCAGAUCUGGCCGUCGCUUAAAGAAGACAGUAGGAUAGAUGCGGCAGAUACAUUGCUCGAGAUGGCUUUAGGUCCAUCUACUGUGGAUGGAGAACUGCCGAAUGCAUGCAGGGAUCUUCUCCUCACCGUUAAUCUCUCUGGACAUAUCCUCUCCCGCUUUCUUAACAAGAUAUCUGCGUACAUUGUUGACACUGAGCCUCAAGGUUCCGUUGCAAAAAGACGGCGAACCAGCCAGAACAAUAUGGUCGCAAUGAACACGAGGGACCCCAAGGAGUUGAGUCAGAUGAUUGGACAAGUUACAUUCAUCCUUGAACUUAUUGAUGGAUCGAGUCCAGAAAAUCAUCCCCAGCUCCUAGGUGGCCUUUUCCAAACCCUUGCCGCACUGCACCAUUUGAAACUGAAGCUCCAGGCGGAGAUGGGUUACCUUUUGAGUCUUGUUCUAGGAAUCAUGCUUGCUAUUACCAACAAAGCGAAGUUAUCGCCUAAACUCAAAUUGGAUACGUCAGUCAUUCGUCCUGACCUGAUAAUUGAUUGCGUUCGCACGUCGCAAAGUCCCCAAGUUCAGAAUAGUGCUCUACUGUUGGUAGCAGGAUUAGCGACUAUUGCUCCGGAGCUCAUCCUCCACAGCGUAAUGCCAAUAUUUACGUUCAUGGGAUCUAAUGUUUUGAAGAAAGAUGACCAAUAUUCCGCUCUCGUAAUCGAUCAGACAAUUGAUCAAGUGGUCCCCCCACUUAUCCAGUCACUACACAACCAAAAGAGAGACGUGGUUUCCGGGACCUCAGAGCUUCUUCUCAGCUUUACCGCUGCAUUUGAACACAUUCCAUCACAUCGUAGAUUGCGACUGUUUGAAGCGCUGAUUACAAAACUCGGCGCCGAAGAUUUCCUUUUUGCUGUUUUCGCAAUGCUUGCAAAUAGAUAUGGUACUGAUCGGGAUGUUUUGGGUAUGAUGACCAGCCUUGUUGGCAAUCUAGGAGUGGAGCGACAACUUCUCUCAUAUACCAAGUACUUGAGUCUGGUUCAAGAUGCGUUACUGCCAAAACCAAAUCUCUCUCGUACUCUUCUUGGAGUUGGUGGUGAAGACGGUAAAGAUCCGCCGAGGAUCGCCGCCGACCUACUGCAGACAUUGUCUCACCUCCUUCAAAGCGCAUCCUUAAGGUCUCAAAUGAACAAGGCAUUCGAUUCUGAUGAUGCUGCUGUUGCUCCAAUCCACAACCUAUUCUCUCGCAUAUUAGAGCAGUUAUUGGCCUUGGCAGAUACUGUUCGAGGGAAUAAACCAGUUAGCAAAGCCUGUGGUGAUGCCCUGGGAUCGCUCCUGGGAGCCCUGUCAUUGGUUGACUUCCUCGACACCAUUGAAGUUCUCCUUCGACGACCCAAUGAUGAUAUACGCAGAAGAGUACUAAGAUUAUUGGAAAAUAGACUGGAACAAAGCUACGACAGGGACUCUGCUUCCCAGUCAAGAGUUUUGGCCUUUUUGUCAACCUUGGUUGGAAUACUUGAGGAAUCUCCUGAUGUGCUCCUGAAGCACGCGGCUGUGGCUUGCAUAGACAGGGUUGCAGAGAAGUAUGGAAAGAAAGAUCCAGAUUCUGUGGUAGGAGCAGCUAGAGUCGUUGCUGGGGAGAGUUGCAUUGGCCAGGCUGAUGACCGCAUUCGCGUAAUUGGGAUGUUAUGUCUUGCUUCCAUCACUGAAGUCCUUGGUGAAGCCAUAAUCCCCGUCCUACCGGAGAUCUUUUCACGUUCCUUUGGUCUUCUAAAAGCGACCUUGGGGUCUAGCAGGAAACAUCUUCAACUGCACGAUGCGAUCUAUUCGCUCAUAUCUUCCCUUCUUUUCCAUGUUCCGUGGAUGAUAUCAGAUGAUCACCUAAAUAGCAUUCUUCAACUAUCCUUCAUGUCGGCGGCUGCAGACCUUCCCGAAGAAUGCAACGACAACCGUCGUGAGGCAUUGAGACUUCUUGCAAGGCAUGUGGAUGUCAACGAAACCUUCAAAGCUGUCGAGUUUAAUUGGUCGUUUGCACUCUCUGAAGGUCCCAAGGCCGUGGGUGAGUUGCUGGAGGUUACAAACCUUUGUAUCGAAAAGCAUCCAAAAUCUUCAACCAUCAAAAAUGUUCCUGUUUUAGCCAAACUAUUAGAGAAAGCAUUUGACAUUCGUCGCACACAAUUCUCUCUGCCAGAUACGAGCAGAUACGGGGCAGAUGACAUUAAUGAUAUUGAAAGCCAAGUGAAUGAUAUGGCGAUAAAAAUGAUCUACAAGCUGAACGACACUGUUUUCCGCCCCCUAUUUGUCCAAUUAACGGAAUGGGCUACAAAAGGCAUCCGGGAAUCAGACAGCACAGGACGGCUUUUGAGGCUUACGACGUUCUACAAGUUCCUCGGGUCAUUCUUUGGUACUCUCAAGUCCAUCGUCACAAGCUAUUCAAGCUAUAUCAUUGAAAGCACAAUUGAAAUCCUAAAUACUGCUCGAUGCAACGACAAAGAGUCUAAGGGUCUAUGGUUAGCAACGAUGCAGAUGCUUCGCAGCUCCUUUGAGCAUGAUCAAGAUGAAUUUUGGCAAUCCCCUACCCAUCUGGCAGCAAUAUCCACACCCCUAGUCACCCAACUCUCCCACUCCACCAACUCGCCAACCCUCAAGCUCAUCACCGCCGAGGCCAUCCCAACCAUAGUGGAGCUCGCUUCCGCCGCUGAUUCGCCGGAAAACCACAAGGACCUUAACACUGCCAUCAUGAAAUUCAUGCGUCCCGGAAUGAGCAGUGAUGGUAGGAACGGCGGCGAUAAUCCGUACACUCGUCUCGCGGCAGUUAGGUGCGAAUUUAGCCUAACAGAGCGUCUGGGCGAGGAAUGGCUAGCAUUGCUGCCGGAGAUGCUUCCAUAUAUCAGUGAAUUGAUGGAAGAUGAUGACGAGAAUGUUGAGAAGGAGGUGAGGAGGUGGGUUUUGGCUAUCGAGGAUGUUUUAGGGGAGAAGUUGGAUGAUAUGUUGGUUUAA